AAUACGGACAACUUUUAAUCGGGGUCCUUCAGAGGUCCUUUGAAUGCAUGUGGCGCGAUAUGGGAAACUAAGUGGAGCAAGUUGUUUGACAGCAGUGGAGCCAAAGAGAUUAUUAUUGCCGUGUGGUUCUCCAUCUAUCCAAACACCAUGUCUUCUGCUGAACAAAGUUGUUGGUUUAUCCGCAAGGUGAUUUGCUGGAGAGCUGCAGCCAGUAUUGCUUGGGCUGUCCUGUUGUUGCCACCCACCACAGCAGUUUUUGUAAUCCUGAGCAGGUUCCGUCUUCUUCACCCCAUCCAGACGAUAUCAGAAUGCAUGUCCCACUUAAUGAGUGCAAGUGCCAUCUUCUCAUUAAUUCUGCUAUGUGGAGUGAUCCUCACGGUUGGGUUCCUCAACCUGGAAUAUUACACAGUCAUCCCAACUGUUGCAUGCUCAAAAAUUGCCCUGUUGGGUCAGCUGCUCCACCCUCGUCAGUUUGUCAACUCCUUGGUCUACUGUAUCAUGGGAAUAAUUGUGUCUUGGUGUUGUGCCAUCACCAUCGGGGGCAGAUACGAGACACUUGGCUACUCUUGCCCACAGACUGAUGGUUUGUUUUCCCACAGUGACAGCACCCCUCGAAUGUGUCUGAACGAGUAUCACCUCAUCCUCCUGCUAGCUGGAGUCUUUGUUGGGUUCUCUCACAGUCUGCUAGGUGUCAUCCACAACAUGAACUAUGUCCCUUUUCACACUGUUCAGCAAUACAAAUACCUUCGCUUUAAGGGAUCUCUACCUAUGGUGGUGAAGUGCAGUGCCACUCAGGCACUUUACACUGUCAGGAACUACAUUGUUGUGUAUUUCUUUUUGGGACACAUUCCAAAAGCAUGGAUUUGUAAAACACUGAAUCUUCACAUAAACAGUUCUGUCCACCCUCUUGACAGCAUAGCCGGACUGUUGGACCUCUCCCUGCUCUACCACCUGUGGAUCAGUGCCAGCUUUCUCCUCUUUACAUGGCACGUCACACUGCUGCUCUUUAGGCUCUUUGUCACUGAGGUGUAUAGCUUUCCUGUGCAGCCGUCUUUUACUGAGGAUACCAACCAGUGUCUUCCUAAGGUCCUUACUGAAAACCAGCCAGUGAUAAUGAAGUUUCUAGCUCUGCAAGACUUGGCUCUACUGUCUCAACACUCCCCAUCACGACGCUGUGAGGUCUUUAGUCUGAGUCAGCCAGGUGGCCACCCUCAUAACUGGAACGCCAUCAGUAAGGAGUGUCUGUCUCUGCUGGCUGAUCUGACCCAGAGACUCGUGGUCUAUCAUGACACUGUAGCAACCAAUGGUAGGGCCAAAUCACUGUCUACUGGGAGUGAAAGGAAGACUUCAUCUGAGGCAUCAGUAACCUCAGGUACAGAGGAUCUGCUGAACCCGAGGUCCACUUUACUGAUGAAAACUCCAGUUUCGGUCUUUGCACGCUCCAUUGUUGGCAGCCCACAGAGCCCUCUGACAGCCCCAUUCACUCCUGACCUGGACAGCCCUUUUGCUUCUCCGGCUUUGCGGCGUCUCACUGCUCCUGUGGAACAGUGCUCGCCUUGGUUUGGCACAGUGCAGAGCCCACACGUCAUGAGGAGAGCCCCAAAACUCUGGUCCACCUCGACAGAUUCCCAGGUCAAUGGCAGUCCACAGUCAUCUCCUGUCUCAGUUCCCAGUCCCAGUCAGGAAGCAUCCAAACCAAGUCUCCUGGCUCAGUUCCUCCAGAACAGAAAAGAACAGGUUAAAACUUUCUUGGCCAAGAGGGUGCUGAUAAUGUAUUUAUUUAACAAGCUUCCAGAAGCCUCCAGUCAAGCUCUGUUUGCAGACAGCCAGGCUCACAUCUGGGCUUUAGAAGGGCUGUCUUACCUUGUUCAAGCCUCCUUCUCAGAAGACCAGUUUGGGGUUGUACAGACUACAUUACCCAGCAUUCUCAGUUGCAUGCUGGUCUUACAAGAGGCAGUAGAUCGACACUUUAAGCUGCCUCAUGCCUCCAGUAAACCCGUCAGGUCGUCCAGCAGCAUGGGAGACUCCACUCACAAAACAUUGCGCUUUGCACUCAGGGCUACUCUCAAGACUGCCAUCUACAGGAUAACGACUACAUUUGGAAAUCACUUAAACGCUAUUCAGAUGUCUGCAGAGCAUCGGAAAAGAUUGCAGCAGUUUCUAGAGUACAAGGAAUAACACACUCGACACUUGGCUCUCGUGUCUUCAGAUUCUUAUCAGUGUGAUUUGCUUGUGUGUGUGCACAUGAGCAUAAAUGAGGCAACAAGUGAAAGCCCAUGAUAGUGCCUCUUUUAAUAUUUAUGUCUGCAGUAUGUCAUGCCGGAUUGUGUUUGAUAGGCUAGAUCACAUCUCCUACAUGCUGGAGGCAGCUGCAGGAAGCCCUGCUGAUAAACUGGUAGCGCUUACAUUUAGGAGAUUGGAAAAACUAGCUUGCAGUAUAAAUAAGUGACUCAUUCCAAUAUGUUUAUCUCAAGACAAGAAAAUCUUAUCAAGUUAGCAUAUUUGACUUUUGUUAAAUGGAAUGAGUUCUAAAGGGCUAUUCAUGCUGCAGGUGUACUAAAUUAUUCUGUAUCACAUUUCAUCUGCUGUCCUCUGGAAUCACAUCUUUGUGGUUCCAAAAUGUUGAGCAUCAGGUGUGACGAGUGAGAGAUGGUUCAGUAUGUCAGAGUAAUGAGAAAGAAGCUGUCGUGUGUGUGUGUGUGUGUGAGUGAGUGAGAGAGAGAGAGAGACUUCUGACAUCUCUUCUCGCUUCUCAGGUGUCAGAGAACGUGUUCUGAUAUGUAUUUUUGUAGCUCUGAUUUUGUCAUGGACACCAGCUUGGAGAACUAGUUUACAGCUGUGCACAUCAGUUCAGGUUCUCAAACCAGAAAAUACACCAUAAUCAGAUUUAUAGAUCAGACACCUGUUUGUUUGUCAGUUCUGUUAGUGUGGAAUGGGGGUCAUCAUUAAGGUCGGAUGAUGGAUUUGUGAUUUGUAAUAAGUUGGAGGUAAAUAUGUUUUCACUGCCAACAUGUACGGAGUUUAAAUUACCACUCAUGUUGAAUAAAAACAUUAUGUCAAGAUCA